GCACCACCCGCAGCUGUGAUUAGGAAAAGCUGUGGAGCUGGGGCUGGACAGGAGCAUUUGAGCUUGGAAGUGAGGUUGGAGGUGUAAAAGACAAGACUACAUGGAGUAGGCUGGAGGCGUAAUGGUGGUUGAGUUGAACCAAAACGGCGCUGCUUCGAUUUCAACUUUUACCCAACACGAGUGUACUUUGAUGUCCGACAACCUUUGGUAAUUAUCGGGCAGCAUUUUCGUGUUGACUUGAAACGGAUGAACAGAUUUAAAACAAGUCACCUCUAACUUUUUGGUUACUUUUGGGGCGAGCGGUGUCUAUUCGGAAGAUGUCUGAAAGAUCGCACAGUCCUGACUGCCAAACCCGGCCUUACGACUUCAGCCGGACCAACCCUUGCACCCAGAUUUUGGGCCAAGAUACUCUUGGCAGCGCUGCGUCGUUUCAACUUCCUCACGGCGUGCUGCCAGACCCGAGCCUCCUUUACAACAAAACCGCGUAUGGUGGGAUCGCACCGGCUUCUGCGCAGACCUUUUUCCCUUUCCCCCAAAUCACAAGCGACUACAGGGGAUCGGAACUGCAGGCUGGAGAGUUUGGGCAACCCAAGCAUUGGUAUCCCUUUGCUGCGCAAGAGUACACCGGCCAGGUACCCGGCGUCACAGCAGCUACCCAGCCUGUAAAUUUGAGUCCCCCCAUAGCUGAGACCAGGGAGCAGAUCAAACUUCCGGAGAUCAAAUCCGAGAAGGACAACGAUGAUGGCUACUCAACGGAGAUAAAGGUUCAGCAGUACCCAGCAGCCUCCAUUCCCCACGGGGUCUCCUAUUUUCCGGCCUGGAACCCAUCUUUCUGGCCGGGGAUCACCCACAUCACACCACCCGGAAGUAGCAAUCAAAAUCCCUCUACCUCCUCUGCGUCUUCUCCAUCCAUGUCCCCUUCACCCCCGAGCAACGGGCUUCCAGGGAACGCGUUUUUCAGCGUAAAUCCACCUCAGGCGACCAGCGGGCCUCUGACGCAAAACCCGGCCUCAUCGGCGCGGAGCAGCGGCUCCUCGAGUGGCGGCUGCAGCGACUCCGAGGAGGAGAAUCUUUCUACUGAAGAACUGGAGCAGUUCGCCAAGGAACUGAAACACAAACGCAUUACUCUAGGAUUCACUCAAGCAGAUGUUGGCCUUGCCCUCGGUAACCUUUAUGGGAAGAUGUUUAGCCAGACGACCAUUUGCAGAUUUGAGGCCUUGCAGUUGAGCUUCAAGAACAUGUGCAAGCUGAAGCCUCUUCUUCAAAGAUGGCUGAAUGAGGCAGAGACUUCUGACAAUCCCCAGGAUAUGUAUAAGAUUGAGAGAGUAUUUGUUGACACCAGAAAGCGGAAGAGGAGGACCAGCCUAGAGGGAGCGGUGCGCUCUGCUCUUGAGUCCUACUUUAUAAAGUGUCCCAAGCCCAACACCCAGGAGAUCACACACAUCUCAGAUGAUCUGGGUCUGGAGAGAGAUGUGGUGCGUGUUUGGUUCUGCAACCGGAGACAGAAAGGAAAGCGCCUGGCCCUGCCAACAGAUGAGGAGUGCGACGGCCAGUACUAUGAACAGAGUCCUUCCCCACUGAACAUGGUACACUCUCCCAUUCCUAGUCAGGGCUACCCGACUUCUAGCUACCCCAAUGCCCCUCCUCCGACACUCUACAUGGCCCAACUUCACCGGCCGGACGUCCUGAAACAAGCCCUGCACCCCGGACUGGUUAGUCACCUGACUGGAUAAACAUGCUCGGGCAGAACCACAGAUUGCCUUCUUAAUGAUAAGUCUUCCAAAUCAAGUGGAGGGUGAACUUCUUGAUCCAGAUCGACUAAUCAUGCCUUUUGGAUUCUGCAGCAGUGAAGUGGAGAAAACUGAUUUAGUGUCAGUUUAGAAAUUGUAUCAAAGGAACCUCCAUGGCGCUUCUGUGACCUGCAAAUCAAUGCCAACUUUUGUGACUUGAACCAAAAAAUGUUUUCUAUGGUUUUGCUUUAUUAGGCAUUGUAUAGUGAACUAUUCUAUAGGUUUUAGUCAUAAGCUGAAAAAUUUAAGUGUUACUGCAAUAAUUCUUCCACCGAAGGCGUUAGGAUGUAAAACUAUGGUUGAAGAGCCAGGGUAUUAUAAGCUAAAUUCUGGGGAGGUUUUCUGUAACUCAGAUGAGGAAUGCUCUGGUCUAAUGAAGGAACCACACAAUUUAAGCCAUUUUAGUCAACAUUUGUGCAAUACCUUUUUGUCUUAUCUGAAAAGAUCAAGAGGCAUGUUUUCAAUGAAUUUGCACAAGUUGCCUUUUUUAAGUUGAGUAAUAUUUGUUGUUUUUUUUCUACAUAUGUGCAGCAUACAUGACAAGCCCAAAGAUCUACAAAAAUUUUAGCUGGAAGUGGGAUUAUGAUAUUCAAAAUUAUAUUUUUGGGGGAUGUGACCAAUGAAUAGUUAUUCACAUGUUUCUUAGCUGGUUCUCACAAUUGCUCAGUAUUUUUCUAACAUCCCAGGUGAUUGGCAGCGAGACCCAGCUUAUAUUUCAGAACCUCAUUUUGAUUUUAUUGUAAAAGAUUUUUGCUAAUGAAACACUCAACUAAAAUGUGUUUGGCUGCUCACUGAGUGUUUCUCUUUUAGGGUUGUGUUUUAAAAAAGUUUUAAUUUUACUCUGAAAAUUUCCAACAUGUCAUUCAGCCACUUCACUUGACCCAUGACUUUAAAGUCCCCACGACUUCAGAAACUGAGUAAAAAUGAAACAAGCACAGAAAUACUUCUAUAUAAAUGGUAAGGAAACUUGCUUAAUGAAUAACACUA